AUGUGUUCUUGCAUUCAAUCUCAAUUGUUUCCAAAUUUUUCAGAGUGGUUUUCUUAUGUGUGUACAUUCACCGACUCUAUCGACAUGUCAAUUGGAAAUGUUGCUUUUUGGCACAAUUCCCUUUCAUAUCCUGAACAUGAUACAUCGAGUAACUUACGACAUGUGUUCCUAGACCCCUACGUGCACUUUAAAUAUAGCUUAGUUGAUCAGAUAUCAUUUGUCUUUCACAAACAGAAGUGCUUGAUCAUAGCAGUUGUUUGCUUUCUUCUUUUUCCUUACAUGAAUUUUCAUAAAUUGAGUUUUAAUUACGUUUGUGAAUGUUUCAGAACAUGGGAAUUCGCUACAAAAGAACCAAAUGAUUCCCAAGCGCAUGAAUGUGUUUGUCUAGGUUUGAAAAAUUAA